CAAAACACGGGCGUGGACUGCGUUCGACAAAACACGGGCGUGGACUGCGUUCGACAAAACACGGGCGUGGACUGCGUUCGACAUAACACGGGCGUGGUCUGCGUUCGACAAAACACGGACAUGGACUGCGUUCAGUUUGUAUUCAUAAGAAAUAUCCACAGUUCACUACUAUUGCAGGUGGAAAAUCAGGAAAAAUCAAUAAAAAAACAGCUUGCGAUAUCUUUAGUUCAUCGAGUUCGUGUGUGUGUGGUUGUUGCAUGUGCGAUUGCAGAUGUUACAUUUUUGUUGUCUUUCUUUGUCAAUCCUAGCAAAUAUUUGUUUUUAUUUGAAGCCACAGUUUGA